GGAUGAACCUGCGGGAUGCAGAAACAGGGAAAAUCCUUUGGCAAGGAACAGAAGACCUGUCUGUACCUGGAGUGGAGCAUGAAGCUCGAGUUCCUAAAAAAAUCUUGAAAUGCAAAGCAGUGUCUCGGGAGUUAAACUUCUCCUCAGCGGAACAAAUGGAAAAAUUCCGACUGGAACAGAAAGUUUAUUUCAAAGGGCAGUGUCUAGAAGAAUGGUUCUUUGAAUUCGGUUUUGUGAUUCCUAACUCCACAAACACUUGGCAGUCCUUGAUAGAGGCAGCACCUGAAUCACAGAUGAUGCCAGCUAACGUUUUAACUGGUAAUGUUAUUAUAGAAACCAAAUUCUAUGAUGACGACCUUCUCGUAAGCACUUCCAGAGUGAGACUUUUCUACGUUUGAGAUGGGGCUUUUUGGAGCUGUUUAGUUUUCCUCCAUGCAGUUCUUGGUGCAGAACCCCCCGACUAUCCAGUGGAAGACACUCCUGUAGGCGGUGACCCUGGGGACCAGCUCAACGUUGGUUGUGACCUUUGCCCAUCAGUUAUUUUGCUUUCUCCUCUGACAAGACCAGACCAAACCCUCAGAGACAGGACCAUCUGCUCAGCGAGGCACUGGGGAAUAGAGGCUGUCUCUGAACACGGGCAAACGAUGGUCAUGCAGAACCAAUACUGUAAAUUAUGUUAGUCUCACCCUUUGUACUUCUCUGGAUCCUGGUAUAAUCUCCCAUUUCCACUCACACCAAACUCUCAAUGCGUUUCAUUUUUGGGGGAUUAAGUUAACCUUUUCAUUUUUCUCAUGUUGUAGGUUUUUAUCCUUUCACUGGAUUUCUGUGUAACUGGUCCACACAUCCUCUUACCCUGAACUUGUAAAAUAGACUGUGAUAUCACCUAAUGUAAUUAAAACAAAUUUCUCAAUUAAAACAUUCCUACCGUCCAAAGAAGGGAA